AUGGAGGAGCUCGACGUGCUUCUUGACGGUAUUUACGUGCGUGCACGUGAGAUUCAGACUGCACAAGACCCGGAGAAGAAACUACGUGAAUUUCUUGACCCCGUGCGUGCAUUUUUGGUGCAGAAAUUGCAUCAAGAGAGCACAGAAAGUGUACAUUCGUUCAGUAACUCAAGCAAUGGGAUUACAAUCGAUCCAAGACCCUUCAGUUACAUUAGUGGAGCUGCAGCAAAGUUUCAGAAGAUGGUAACACGCUCACCAUCGUCUCAGGGACUGUCGACAAGGAGAAAUGGCAAUAAGCUGGCUGUUAAAUUGCCUCAAACGUAUUUAUAUGAUGCGGCAAAUCGACUGCACGUGCUGGUUACAGGUACCAAGACCUUGUCGAUUGAUACAAGCAGAGAACAAGAACAACAGAGUAAAGCAGCUAUUCAUAUUGAAGCACUUGUGGAGGACCAUUCUCAGAGACAUAUACUUGCUAGACAAUCUAGUCAUAUGGUACAGGGCACAAAGAUUCUGAAACAGUUUGUACUAAAGACAGACAGGAUUUCCACUUGUCAUGAGCUCGAUGUACCUCCUGAAAACAUGGCACCAAAUUUUAGGCGGUUGGAAGGCACACCGUUGUAUGGAUCUGGCCAGCCAUCACUGGGGGAACUUCAGAUGAUGUUAGACCGAGUAGCAGCGGACGGAUUUACGAAAGUAGUUUGGGUCAAUUUGAGUGAGGAAGCAGUGAUUUAUGUGAAAGGCAAGCCGUUUACAGCAAGACACAGCGCGAUGCUUGCCGAAAGCGAUUUGAUUCCUGGAAUUACAGGUCACAAAAUUCAGGUCUUGGAGUCGUCGCUGAAGAGCAGUCUGCAGGAAGAAUUAAAAGCAGCGAACAAUCGCUUUGAGUUCUGGAACGAGGUGGCAUUGAGAGAGCAUGAGCUAGUGGUGGACAGAGCUGAGCCAGGCCACGUGAUGACGUUGCCUGAACUUUAUGAAAGUACAGAAGUGGCAAAAUACAACGAUACACUUCAUAGCGUGAUGUACCGGCGAAUUCCAAUUGAGCGGGAAAACGCUCCGGAACAGGGACAUUUAGAAGGGCUGAUGAGGCUGGUGGAAGCAGCCAAAGACGACAAUUCUACUGCUUUUGUCUUCAACUGCCAGGUAGGAAAGCACCGUACAACGACGGCUAUGGUGAUUGCAAGACUGGUUUGCCAGCGGCACAGUCUGGAUCUAGCUAAUUUGAGGAUGAAUGCGCCAUUAGCUGAAGAAGAGCAUCCGAACAAAGGCUUUGAGGCUGGUAACUUUGCAGUUAUCCGUGAGGUGCAAAAGUAUCUGAAGAAUGGACGGGAAGCAAAAAGGUGGGUGGAUGAUGCCAUCAACGAGUGUGCAACGGUCUGCAAUAUUCGCACCGUGAUCAAUACAUAUCACGAUCUGUCACUUGCUGCAGCCAAACCUGCAAAACGGUCGUAUUAUUUGCACCACGCGAUGAGUUUCCUGGAGAGAUACUUUUACCUCAUUGUUUUUGGUGCAUACAUCAUCGAGCAGAAAGACGGCAUCGGAGAGUUUGCUGACAAUAACACGCAACCAUCAUUUUCGAAGUGGCUGCAGCAGCAUCCGGACAUGUUCCGCAUGUUGGAUGAUCUGGGUGGUGUGCGGUAUAAAUCCGACAAAGUGCUGUCUAAGUGCGUACUCAAGAUGGAUCACUUUUUUGGCAUCGCCCGAAUUCCAUUCGAGUUAACGCCAAAUAUUCCAAACUACCGGCGAAUAGCUAGUGAACCAAUUUUUGGCACGGCUCAGUGUCUGGAGAACGGUAUUAUCGAUGUGAUUGAACAUUUGCGUGGUGAGUUUGAUCGUGCAAUCUGGAUUAAUUUGCGAGAGGAAGCUGUCAUUUAUGUCACUGGACGACCAUUCUGUGUACGCCACGAGGACGAUCUUAUGGUAAACAUGGAGUACCCAGGUAUUGAGGUGGACGAGAUUACUGCAAUUGAGCGGCAAGUGAAGCUCGAACUUCAAACCAAGGUUCAAAAAGACAAGGGACUAUUUGUGUAUUGGUAUGAGCCUCGUGAAAUGGUAAAUGAUGAGACGGUGGAGCAUAUAGAUCCACUGGUUGAUGUUAAGACCCUUACUGAAGUGUAUAAAGACGCUGUAGAGCAAACAGGAUUUGACUUGCGGUACGCACGUAUUCCAGUGUCCGAUGAGACAGCCCCAGAGGAGAAAGAUUUGGACGACAUGGUGCGUCUGCUGCUUCCGUCCUUUUUGAAUGAGCUCGGACUUCAGCUUCCUUCAGAUGAGACGCCAUCGUUAUCGCAGAAAAAACUGAAGACGGCAGUCAUUUGCAAUUGCCAAAUGGGCCGGGGUCGCACUACAACCGCCCUUGUUUGUGUGUACAUGCUUCGUGUGGUGCUCGAAGAGAGUGCGUCAUCGUUACUCACACCCUCGUGCGAGACCAGUUCGCUCAAGAAAUUGCUUGACGGUAGGACCACGGGCCAUCGCCGCCACUCUGCUGCAAUUGCAGGCGAGUUUGUAGUGAUCCGCAAGCUGCUCAAGACGCUAAAUAAUGGAUCCGAUUGUAAGCUGCUGGUGGAUUAUGCUAUCGAUCAGUGUGAACACAUGCAAAACCUGCGGGACUGCAUUAGUCAAUGCCGUGAUUUAGCAAUGGACCGUGAUCUUCCGAGCACAAAGCGAGACUUUUUCAUGUUGCGUGCGGUCAACUACCUGGAGCGCUACUUUUACCUCAUGUGCUUUGCGUCGUAUGUACUUGAAGAGCGUGUGCACUACUUCCAGCGUAAUUUGUUUGUCACUUGGAUGAAUGAGCGCUAUGGCAGCGCAUUGUAUGAACUACUGGACAAUCUCUGCUUUGAGGAAGAAAUUGGCGCCGAAACACACGUGUCAUCAAUGCGCUGGCGCUGGCGUCGCAAGCGCAAGCUUGUCUCUCGAUUGGAAUGA